UCUUCUCUCCUCUUUACUUUUGGUUUCCCUCUCUUUUCUCUCUCUCACUCUCACUCACUCGCCGGCUCGCUUGCUCUCGUUUGCUUUCACUUUGGCGGUUUUUGGCUUUUCCGUGUCGAACAUUCACUCGGGAUCUCGCUUACAUCACGAGCUCAUUUUUGGUUCUUUCCGAUUGUUGAAUCAGGAAUGACUUAUACGAAUCUAUGAAUGCUAAGUGGUGAUGCUUUUUCCUGGUUCCUUCUCAUGACUACCAGUAUGACUGGCAUUUAAGAAAAUGUUUGGAAAUCAGCAAAAAAAUUUUGGAUGUGGGACUAUGGAAGAUGCAUCUGGAAACACUUCCAUGACUCCAAGUGAAAAAGAGAACGCAUUGACCUACAAACUCGUUCGGGUGGAUGGAGAUGGAUCCUAUCUACCUACCACAGAAGAUGAACUAGAAGUUCAGCAUUUAUUAGCGGAACCAAGAAAUGAUAAGGUUUUAGUGGAUAACAUAUUAUGCUAUAACUCAGGGAGUUCAGAAAAGUGCCUAACAAUUGAAGAUUUUCCAUGUGCUGUUGACUAUGAUCAUAUGAAAACUUCUAGUGGAAUGCUGCAUGCCAAUUCUUCAGAAGGGGAGAGAGAGGAGUCAAAGUUCGAAUUUCUUGAUGGAAUGUUUCAUGGCAUUGGCGAGGGGGAUCUUCAUGUACCAAAUGGUUUAUCUACCUCAUGUGAUGAUUAUCUUUUAGAUACUGAAUAUGCUGAAAGAGUUCCCGAUUUGGAUUAUGGUUCAUGUGAAGGAUCUCAUGUGGGGAACUUGAGGCUGGAAAGUCAACCAUCAUGCUUAAGUGGGAAGAACAGCAUAACUCAGAUGCCAGACUUAACAGAAACAAUACCAGUGCUGGAAUCUACAUCUGAUCAGUCUGAAUUUUUACUUGACAAAAUGACGAUUUAUGACCUACAGGAAGCUUUUAGGACAACAUUUGGACGGGAGACAUCUGUGAAGGACAAGCAGUGGCUUAAGCGCCGUAUCUCAUUUGGUUUACAGAAUCUUGUUGAGUUUGGGGAUGUAUCAGACUUGCUGGAAAGUGGAAUUCCUAAUGGAAAUGAAGGUGAUAUGAUUUUUACAUCUAGUAAUGAUUCGUCUGGAAGAAUGCAAAGCCUUUUUACAAAUGUUCUGGGGAACGUGGCUAAACCAGUAAGCCAAGAUGUGGAAAGGGAAAGUAUGGUUGCUGGGGAGGAUUUGAUAACUGGUUCUUCUGAUGCUGGAAAAACAUUUGGAGUCUUGGAUUUGGGUGAUGGAGAAGGUGUGCUUGUAGCACCAAAAAGAUUACGCAAGCCUACUCGGAGAUACAUCGAAGAAUCAUCAGAUCUUAAGUCAAGAUAUUCUAGUGGAAGAGUAGAAACUCCUACAAGUUCUCGGGAUAAGAUCUUGCGGGUCAAAUCCCAUAGUCAGCAUAAUCGGAAGGGUCUUGGAACGGUGCCACUGGUUUCUAGGCAGGACUAUCUUGGGGGAACUGGUAUUCAAGUGCCAUUUGGUCUUCGAGUGCGGAAGGGCCGGCCAAAGAAGAAUACAUUUUUGGGACGCGACUCUGAAAAUGAGAUGGAGGACAGGAAUUCUUACAUGGAACAUUCUCCACCUGAAUCACAAGAUGACAUGUCAGAUGACUAUGCCACAACUAGAAGUGGAAAGGCAGGGGUUAGGAGAAAACAUCAUAGGCUGUGGACUCUGUCUGAAGUGAUUAAAUUGAUUGAUGGUGUUUCUCAAUAUGGAGUUGGAAGAUGGACAGAAAUAAAGAGGCUUUUGUUCUCAUCAUCUGCUUAUCGCACAUCUGUUGAUCUCAAGGACAAAUGGCGAAAUCUUUUGCGGGCUAGCUGUGCACAGAUGCAGAGCAAGAGGGAGGUUGAGCAAGGACGGAAGCAUGCGUAUCGCCCCAUACCCCCAUCUGUUCUACGGCGUGUUAGUGAACUAGCGAUCAUCUAUCCCUACCCGAGGGAGCGCAAGUCGAAGUCAUCACGUACCAGCAUCAUUUCUCCAUCCAUUGCUGCUGCUGCUGCUACUCCCAGUAGUGACACCCCUGCCAACAGUAGCGAGAGGAUCAUACUAAGGAAAAGGUAGUCAGAAAAGUUACAACUUUUACACGGAAAGCAGAUGGAAGCAGAUGUCAUGCGUUGAGCUUUAUUUCCUCUCAUAUGUACAGAUUCUAACAUGUUUCUCUAGUCUGCCAACAACUCUGGCUGCAGAAUGCAGUGAAUGUUACUGUACAAAUAAAAUAUUACUUUCGUUUUUAGUCAAAGGCAGGGAAAAGCUGAAUCUGCCCGCUUUGGUUCGCUGUAACACCUUCGGACUUCGAAGAGAUCGGUUCAGUCUGAAUGGUAUUUCUGAAAAUUCCAUCUCUUGGCAUUAUCUAUUUGUAUUUGUUAAUUUACUUAUUUCCAACAAGUGUUUUGGGCACAUCCUCGGUGAAUAAUAGGGCAUGUUACUGGUCAUC